AUGGGAUUAUCAAAACGUGUUCGUUUUUCCGAUGUCUUCGGCGUUCGACUUGAGGAACAUAUCAUUCUUGAGAAAAUUGAUUUGGCUUAUCCAAUAUCGAUAUGCUGCAGUGUCAUUCGUGAAAAAGGAUUCGGAGACAAAGAUCUCUUUUAUAAUCCAAUCGACGAGGCUCAGAAAAGUGAGUUACGAAGCCGAAUGGAUAACCGCUUUGAUCCGAAAGAAACCGCGGAGACCAUGAAGUAUGCGCCCGAGGCUGCAGUCCUUCUCCUUGAAUACCUGAAAUCGAUUCCAGGCACUUUGUUGGGAGCUGAUGCUAUUGAGCAUUUGGAGAAGAACAUAAGCGAUGACUCGCCACUCACUCACCAUGAGCUGAAACAAGCGUUCAACUUGAAGCCAUUGAACCUUUUCAACUUGAAACACUUGAUGAAGUUCUUCAAAGAUUACUUCAACAGCAUCAAGACUUCUCGAUCUGAGAUUCUCAAAGUUGAGUAUGAUCUCACUGAGGCCCUUUUCCAAGGCAGCUUGAGCAAUGUCUCUCCAGCCACAAGAGUUCGAGUCGUUGAGAUGAGUAUCGAAGAAUGCGAAUACAUAUUCGAUGCGAACAUCAUGAACACGAUGCGCUACCACAUCCGUCAAUCGUUGGGAUGCUUGGCUCCGAACAAGUCCUUGGAUACCCCCAUUGAAGUUUGA